AUCGAGUAACAAUGGAGUCUUCUAAGCACCAACUCACUGCUCUUCUCCUCGUUUCAAUGGUCUUCAUCUCCUCCGCCACUCCGAUUGCUCUUGAUUGUGUUCCCUGUGGCAGAGGCAAACCACCUCACCACACCUCCAAACCACACAACCCACAUAAACCACCCUCCGGUAAACCACCAACCACCCACCCACCCAUCGUCAGACCACCCAUCGUCAGACCACCCAUCGUUAGGCCACCCAUCGUCAGACCACCAGUUGUGAGGCCACCGGUGGUAAACCCACCAAUCACCCUUCCACCCGUCGUAAGACCACCAAUCACCCUUCCACCCAUCGUAAAACCACCAAUCACCCUUCCACCAGUCGUAAACCCACCAAUCACCCUUCCACCUGUACUCAACCCACCAUCAGGAGGAAAGCCGGGAACGCCAUGCCCACCACCACCAUUUGUGCCGGCACCGGCGCCCACCUGCCCCAUUGACGCUCUAAAGCUUGGAGCUUGUGUGGAUCUUUUAGGUGGGUUGGUUCAUAUCGGGUUGGGUGACCCAGUGGUGAACCAAUGUUGCCCAAUUCUUGCUGGGCUUGUGGAGCUUGAGGCUGCAGUUUGCCUGUGCACAACCCUAAAAAUUAAGCUUUUGAAUAUCAACAUAUAUUUGCCACUUGCUCUUCAGUUGCUUAUUACUUGUGGCAAGACUCCUCCUCCUGGUUACACCUGUUCCAUUUAAGUUUUCAAGAUCCCAUUUUAGGGGUGAUGAAGUCGCCAUGAGAGUAUGUCGAUUCGUCACGAACUCUCUCUUGUUUGGAGUGCUUAAGCAAAUUUCCAAUUGUUUUGAUUAAUGUUUUAAGUUGGACAUGGAUUUUUUUUUGGUUUGAAACAUAAUUAUUAAUUAAGGUUGAAUGCAUGGUUUGUUUGUGUUGAUGUAAGGAACUAAACCCACCAAUUAAUCAAUGAAAUGAAUGUUUUUGAUUACUUA